GCGGUGUCGUAGUGUGCAAUGGAGCAGCCCAGCGAGAAGCAGCUGGAGGACGCGGAAGACCAAGAGCGGGAGCAACUUAUAGAAGAGGAAGCCGAUCAAGAGAAGGACCUGCAAGAAUAUAUUGAAAAUAUUCUGGAUUGUGAUCUUGAACGGCAAGAGGAUGAAGACCGACUCGAUAAGGAUAUCGCAAAGGAGCAAGUAGAAGAAAUAAAGGAUAGUCCGAAGAAUAAAAAAGAUCAGGAUUCGGAGGAGGAUCCGGAACAUGAAUUGAGGAGAGGUGCAUGUCAACCGGAAUGUAUUCUAGCGGAGCACUUAGUAAAAGAAAAGCUGGAAGAGAACACUGUGGAUGAACAAGUUUUAGAAAAAGAAGAUCUUACAGAAAUAGAAGAGCUCGAAGAAGAUAUUCCCGAGCUUAAGGAUCAGCUUUUAGAAAAAGAAUAUGAGCCCGAAGGACAAUUACAAGAUGAACUGGAAGAAACUACGCAGACCGAGGAACAUUUGCCAAUAAAUCUGAAAGACCAGGCAAUUCUGGAGAGUGACGAGUCUUUAAAAAGCGAAGAACAGCAUCCACAAAUCUCAGAGAACCCGGAGCAGCUCACAGAUAAUCUUGAAAAUCUGGAGAAGCAGGGUAAUCACAAGGAGCAAACUGCUGGUGCAGAUUCAGCAGGCGAUCACCAGGAAUGCUCCGAGGUCAAACUGCCGGACCCAGGUGUGGACACCCAGAAUAAGGAGUGCAUAGACAGGAUUGAGGAAGAACAAGAGAAUGGUGAAGAACAAGGGGGAGAAGCAUCGAAGCCAGAAGAGGAUCUCCCCAACGAGCAUGUAACCCAGUUCCUCCGCCAACUGGUCAACCAACUAUGGCCGGAGCUAGGAGCCAAUUCAGAACUACGUUUAAACAGAGCAAGUGCCAAGGGUGACAACUAUUUGGGCGUGGUUUGGCGGCUACAGGUGGCUUCCGACUCGAAGCGCAGCCUGGUGGUGAAGCUUCCUCCCCAGAAUCGCGUGCGCCGCAAGCAAUUCUUCGCACGACCAUGUUUCCUGCGAGAAACGGCAGCAUAUGAGGUGUUCCUGCCACUGGCUGACAUGAUUCAGGAGAAGUGGAAGAUCCCCGCAGAGGAUCGUUUCCGGCAGCACGCCCUUUGUUUCGGAACUCGUCAGGAUGAGCCGAACGAAUGCAUCGUGCUAGAGGACCUAUCUUGUUCUGGGUUCCAUCUCCACAAUCGCUUCCUGGACCUACCCAUCGAGCAUGUGCGUCAGGUUAUCUGCACCUAUGCCAAAUUACAUGCGAUUUCUCUGGCCGGGAAGCGUCAGUUUCCUGAGAGAAUGCAUAAACUCCAGCAGCUGGUGGACAUCUUUGAGCAGCGACGUGAGGAUCAUGCGUUGGGUGUCUACUUUGAGAAUCUCAAAGGAAGUGCCCUUUCUUCACUAGUCUCACCGGGGGAUGAUCCCUACAGGAUUCGCCUGGAGGCGUACUUUGCCAGAGGGUCGUACUUUGAGCUGCUGCUCCCUUUGGUCAGCGGAUCCAAUUGCGAACCCUUCGCUGUUAUCUGCCAUGGCGAUUGCUGGAACAAUAACAUCCUUUACAAAAGAGCAGAGGGGGGAGAUCUAGAGGAUGUUCGCCUGAUCGAUUGGCAACUGAUGCGAUAUGCCUCCCCGGUCACCGAUCUAGCCUAUUUCCUCUUCACAUGCACCUCGCGAGACUUCCGACAACGGUACCUCAAAAAUAUGCUGGAGGAAUACUACGAAGAGUUGGGGUUGCACCUAAACAGAUUAGGCGAGCAGUUGGAGCAACUUCUUCCCCGUCCUGCCUUCGAUGAUCAGGUGGCCACCAAAGUUCCUGUGGGCCUGCUCCUCGCCAUGAUGGUUCUGCCCAUCGUGACAAUGCAGGGCCAGGAUGUGCCCGACCUCCAAGCGAUCAGCGAGCGAAUCGAGGCCGGAGCCACCACGGAUCUGCAGGGCGCCGGAUUCCUGGGCGUGGGCAACGAGGCGACUUUUAAACAGCGUAUGCGAGAGGUGAUCCUCGACUGCGUGGACUUUAACUAUAUCUAGGAAGCAAUGGGUAUGGAAGCUCACCUUUUGGCGAGCCACUUGCAUCGGAUUCAGGCGGAGCUUCUUGGCGCUGGUGCCAAAGCGCAAAGUGGCCAACGUCUCGCUAAGAUCGCAUCGAUGGGGACUGAUGCAGGCCAGGAAGGUUAGAUACGAUUGCGCGGUGAGCGAAUCUGGAAAGGAUAAGGAGAUUAAGUACAUAAUUCUUAUAUUGGAAUUAUAAUCAGGAUAAUUAUACUAUCAAUAAAGGUUUUAACAAAA